AUGGACGCGAUUGCUGACGAAAUUCUGGUCGUAGGUGGGGAUUCUGUCGCCGCGAUGCGUCGAUCUUCGAGACCUGCGAAGCCGACGGCAAAAUUGCAGGAGAAGCUGCAGGCGGUCGACAAGAAGACUGGUGCAGUAAGGAAGAUGGGACCGCACCAACUGCGAGAAAGUGAGAAUGAAACUGAGAAUGGGCUGACCAAAAGGGCCGGAGAACUACAGAUGAUGGAAGGCGCGACGGACAACAACGCGCCGCUCAUGCAGAUCAUGCUUCGAGCAAUGCUCCAGGAGACGUCGACUCAUUUGAUAUAUGAACAGAAGAAGAUGCUCGAGUCUUCAGUAGGUAUGAUGAGGCGCUUGUCGUGGAGCUCUCGGGAGCUCAUCUGGCUGUCAAUAGCGUAG